AUGGGAUUUGAAUGCCUCUUCUUACAGCCCCAGAAAAAGCGGGGGCCAACUGGCAAUCGUGUAUCCCAAAUUCGUCAGCAACAACAGACUCAGCUAUUACGCAAGAGUUCUCAAUCGUCUCUUUCAGACGCCUAUCCGUACCAGAGGCCGAUUCCCCCUCGGGAGACGGGGCAGCAUGGGAUCGCCCCCUCGGUGCAAGAUGCCACCCAGUGGCCUAUCCCUCAGCGUGGGGAGGCCUCAGUGCCGACGGACAUAGUACCGCCGCGUCCAAACACCUCGAUUGGGCCGUCGUGGCCUGCUACAGAUACCUCAUCAGUAGAUUCUCAGACUAACUCUGCCAUCAGUUGGAAUGAGCGCAACGAUGUUGAGUAUUGGCUCCCCGACAAUUUAGAUGCGCAGGUGCCUGUAUUCGAGUUUCCAGGAAGCAAUAUCUACCUAAAGGCGUCGCUGCCGUCGAUCAUCCAACCGGAGCAGGAAGCUGCUGGAUUGCAGCCUCAUCAUGUGGACGCUUCAAACUUGGCUCUUUCUACUAUGGGGGUCAUGCCAACCGGGCCCGUUCCGAUGCGAACGACAUGGCCGUCAUCAAUCGUCGAGGCCAACAUGAUUCCGUGGAUUGAAGUCUACUUUGACCGCCUGCACCCGACUCUGCCUGUAUUGAACAGGUCCUCCUUGUUCAUUCGCAUGAUGGCUCAAGAGCAUCGUAGAAACCCGCAGUUCGGUGCCAUGCUACUAUCUUUAUGCGCCUUCUCACUGACGCAACCUAUCGAGAUUGACGAACGGCCCACUACCUCGUCCCGAGCCAACCAGGCCAGAUCGAUGAUGAACGAGGCGACGAAAAUGCGGAGCUGCUCUGACUUUGGCGAACAUCCAACCAUCGAGGCUGUUCUCACCAGCUUUUUCCUGUUUGGAUGUCUUUUCGGCAGCAACCAACACAAUGCUGCAUGGCUUCGACUCCGAGAGGCUCUAGACCUUGCAGCGACACUGGGCUUGAACAACCCUGACUCAUAUCGUGAUUUACCGAACGACGAAAAAGGCCAACGAUUACGGACCUAUUUGGUCUUGUCUAUCACAGAGAGAGCCUAUGCGCUGCAACGGCGACAUUCCAUCACCUUUUGGGGAAGACCGGGAUUCAGCAUGCGUUCUGUCCAUGAUUUUAUCCACAAUGCAACACACAGCGUUGUUUCCGGUAUCAUAGUUCACAACGAAAAAGAUGCCGAGGGAAUGCUGGGUCUGGCCCGCUUAAUGGAGUUGUUCGACGCUAUCGACGAAGAGGUGGUUGAUUGUUGGAAUCAGCGCUGCAACGUCAAUUCAGGUUAUUGUGAUAAUCUCACAGAGGAGAAGGCCUUGUCCAUCCAUCAAAAUCUCAGCAGAGUCUGCGAGUCCGAGCGAUAUAAGGGCUAUGACUGGUUUGAACGGACCAAGUCAGCCCCGGGUCAGGCCCAGAGCGUCCAACUGACAAUCAGUAUGCGGGAGACACAGUGUGCCGAUGUGUUUAUCACGAAGAAAUGGCUGCAGAAUCGGGUGUGGGUGCUGUGCUCCACUCAUGGUCUCCUGAGACCUGUUUCAGAACCCCAGGAGCUGUCUUUCGAAUACGCCAUCACGAUUGCUGUGGACACCUUGAAGAUAUGUCAGUCAUUGCGCCUUAGCUCGAUGGAAGCGCAUGGUAUUGGCCUAGUUGAGAAGCUGUACGACAUUGCGGUUAGUGCAAUUGGAAUUUCUUCCAAUGUCCGCCAGCCUCUUGGUGAACAUUCUCCAGCCUCGGUGGCUGGUUCCAUGGCAGGACCGGGCGUCCUGCCUCCUGGAAGCCUUGUGGGAGCCAUGUCUCCAAACACAGCAACCGUGCACUCUACUCAGUCGUUGGCGGAGGAUUUUAUGUUGCUUUUGAAUACACUGCGCGGGGGCAAUCAUCCCUUUCUGGAAAAAUUCAAGGCUUACCUGAGUUCUUUGCACAUCGUCGGGGUUGGGUGCAGCAACUGGGCGCAGACAUGA